AAAGGCCUGGUGCUGGGAGAAGCCCGUUGCGCCGCCAGGUGUCCCUCACAGCUCGGGGAGAAGCAGCGCCCAAACCGAGGCGAGAGCGGGGCGAAGGGGGCGCCCACGCGGGAGCCCCCUCCCCAGUCACCUCCCGCCCCGCUCCCCCGCCUCAGCCCUGCCUUGUUCCCGCCCCUUUGCUCCCUCCGCGCAGCCCUUUCCCCGCCGCCCCCUUCUCUUUCCUCUUCCGCCGCCAUUUCAGGGCGGGCCUCCCCGAGCAGCGCGGCCUCCCUCCCUCCCUCUCCUUUCUCCGAGGACACGCUCCGCCAUCAUGUCUCGCUACACGCGGCCCCCCAACACCUCGCUCUUCGUCAGGAACGUGGCCGACGCCACCAGGCCUGAGGAUUUGCGUCAUGAAUUUGGUCGGUAUGGCCCCGUAGUAGACGUGUACGUUCCACUUGACUUCUACACAAGACGCCCAAGAGGAUUUGCUUAUAUACAGUUUGAAGAUGUUCGUGAUGCAGAAGACGCUCUUUAUAACCUGAAUAGAAAGUGGGUAUGUGGCCGGCAAAUUGAAAUACAGUUUGCACAAGGUGAUCGCAAAACACCAAAUCAGAUGAAAUCCAAGGAGCGUCGCCAGUGUUCACCAAUGGAUUACAGAAGGUCAAGAAGCCGCAGCCGAAGAAGGACCCGAAGCAGAAGUUCCUCAUGGGACUGGGGCAGGAGACACUCGGACAGUUUUAGAGAGUCAAGGCGUAGACAACAUUCUUACAGCCAAUCUAAGUCUCGCUCAAAAUCUCUUCCAAGGCAUUCUAGCUCACCAAGACGAUCGAUCACACCCCAAAGAAAUUCGAGUCCCAGGAGAAGGUCGCGAUCAAAGUCCACCCAGAGGAGUUCAAAGUAUGCUGAAAAAUCACCAUCCAGUUCCCAUCGGAGGCGUUCCAGUUCAAGAACAAAGUCACGAUCACAUCCAAAACAUUCAGGAUCUCCAACUAGAUCUCUGUCGAAGUCUCCCCGGAAACAUACGAAUUCCAAUUCUCGUUCAUACUCUCGGAACUUCUAUCAGAGAAAUAGUAACCAGUCAGUAUCUGAAGAAGAUUAAUGCUUGUUUCUUUUAUGACCGUUUUUUAUGAGCAAAGAAUAAAAAGAACAAAAUGUCUGAAAGUUGUUUGAGAUGAAAGGUAAUUCACUGAUGAUGGCCUUGCUGUGUGGUCCUUUUGGUUUAUGCUUCAGUAUGCAAAGCUCUUUACGAUUUCUCUUACUUUUAAAGAAAGAUUGAUUUUGUCUCAUUUGUUUAGUCUAUGUUCCCUGCAUUGUUGUAAAUUGGCCCCAUUCUGUGCAGUGAUACAGUUUUUUGCUGCUCUACUAGAAUGGUUUUAUUGUUUUAAGUCAGACUGCUGUUACUGUCUUGAAGCUGCCAAUACCUACAGACAUUACAAUUGUUCACUGGCUGAAAGCUGUACAGAGAGCCUUUCCAGUUUGAUGGGGAGAGCAAUAAAGUCUGUUUAUUGCUCACACAAGUUUUUAAUUGUUACAAUGUAAUUAUAGUAUAAACAAGGGUUUUUCACUUGAGUUUUUUUUCACUUGAGGGAGGACUGAGCCUGCUGUAUUCUAGUUCACAACUUUUCUUGUCUUUGUUUUGUUUUGUUGUGAUAUCGAGAAUAUAAAAUUCUAAUUUGAAGAUAGCCCUUCUUAGAUGUUUUUCAUUUAAUUAGGUCUUAAUACUGAAUUUAGCUGGCCUGUGAUCAAGAUACCGAAGUAUGUGAACAGAAAGAAUUUGUGUAAAAUAAGAGUAGUCUGAAUGUCACAUUUGUCAGACUUUCCUUUAUUAAAAUGUAGCUUAUAUUAAAAAUGAAAGCUGGCAGUUUCACUUUCAUCUUCCACAUUAACUAAACUUAAUAUACACCAGCUUUCAAAUCCUGAGAUCUAUGUGCAUAUAAGUAUUUUUGGAUCUCCUCUUUCCCUGCCAAAUUAAGGAUUGGUAGGAGAAGAAAAGAGUGCCCCGGUGUCGUUCCUUUUUUGUAACAAGAAAGGUGUGGGUUGUUUGUGUAGAUUCUUAAACUAGGCACAGGACCAGAGGUAAGAUGUGGUAUAUUUCAGCUCGGUCUAAAUUUAGAGCAGAAUGAAGUACAAAUAAAGAGGUAGAAUACAUUCUAAAACAUAUUGUGGGUGAUGAUGCAUUGAAAUGCUUCUCUAGAAAUGGAACACCACCUCAGUAGACAAAUGUCUUAAACUAAAAUCUUGCUUCUUCCUGUGCUCAUGCCCUAUUCCUAGCAAGUCUGUAAGGUAAGAGAAAACUUAAGUGUGAUCAUCCACACAUUUUCUUGUGGAUGUAAAAAAUGUCUUUGUCCCUGUGCUGCAAUCUCUUGCUCCUGUAGAGGGAAUUAUCCUGUUGUCAGCUAGUGGAUCAACAAUAAUGCCUAUUAGUAGACAAAUCCAAAUAGCUUUGGACAUUUUAAAAAAGUGACAAUUGGUUAUGUAAGCUCAUUUUGUCAUACUGUAAUAUAAGUUGUUAGGCACAUAUUUUUCAAGUAUAUUGGAAUGCUUUUGUGAAAGACUCUUAAACCAGUUAACUUCGUAGUGUGAACUUUCAGUUUAUUGCAUUAUAUCUUCAAAUAUUGUAUUAGGAGAGAAGCGUAAAAGACACUUUUGGUCAUGCAUUUUUCAGAAUUCUGUAUCCCUGGAACUGUCUUAACAGUUGAGUCUAAAAUUAUUAUUAGGUUGUUUUAUCUGAUGUAACUGAGAGAAUUUUGAAAAUAUUUUGUAUUUUACAGUAUAUUUACAUUGGCAUUGUGUAACAUUUGUGUUUAAAUAUAUGGUAGCUGUAAUAUUUGUACCUUGUACAAGUUCUGCAUUGUAGCACAUUACUAUAGUGGCAGUAAAAUGGGGUUUCACUUCAUAAACAAAUAUACAGUUUUGUGUUCAGGGCUAUUGUUAGUUCAUAACUUAAGGGUUUUUUCAAUAAAACGAUGUUUCUUUCA